AUGGCGCCCGAAGCUGAGGACGCUGGAGGAACGCUGGCCCCCGCCGCAACCGCGGCCCAACUCAAUGCUGCUGCUGCUGUGGGCGCCACUUUAUCAAAAGACGUCCAUCAAAUGGAGUGGAAUGGUCUCGUCAGUGAGAACAUGUUCCAUCUUUUUGUCAAUAGCACGGAGGAGCCCCUGGAGCUAUCCUGGGGCGACGACCUGCGGGACAACCCUCACAGCACCGUCGCACCCUAUGGGACCGCGUAUUUGGGGACGUACAAUUUCCACACGUGGCGGGUUCGGAGCAAGUCCCGAGGUAUCAUUGCCACUUACACAGCAUCCGGCAGGACCGGCGGCGCCGUCGCAGCGGCGGCGGUGCCGCCGGGCAGCGGCGGCACGCGCAAUGACAUCGCGGGGUCGACGUCAGCGGCCGCGGCGACGACUGCCGUGGUGGCGGGCGGCUGCCAGGUUUCGGAGCCGGGUUUCCGACAGCGGUCUUCCGUACUUGGGAUGCCGAUUUGGGCCUUUGACUGCGUUUCCGACGCGGCCGUGUCCCGUCUGGUCCACGUGGUUGGUGCCGUACUGUCUCACUCCCCCGCCCCCCUCCUGGAGCGGUUGGUGGCGGGGGGAGCCUCAUUUGCCGUAUUCGGCAAGGGGCAGGUUGUGACAGAUGUCCCCGCUCACCGCUUCAUGCGGUACAACUCGGGUCGUAAUCUGGACUCCUCCGCCCGGGGCCUGGGCGCCACCCCCAGUGUGCCGGUCACCAGCUGCGCGGAGGAGAACCUCACCAUGCAGGGGGACUGCUGGUAUCCUUGUCAGUCUAUUUUGAUCCAUGAGGUUGGUCACAUGGUUCACAACAUUGGGCUGACGCUGGUGGGGGAGAUGGGGGUGGAAGGAGUGCUGGAAGCGUACAGAGCGGCCAUGAAGGACUCAAAUUUCGCAGUUUCGGACUUUGGACGCCCUCCCGCAGUUCAUUUCCGACUUUCUUGCACCAUACCAUUUGCCCCCCAUUAA